AUGUCUGAUGAACUAGAAGCCAGGAUGUGGGACGAUGGAGGAUCUCGAUAUGAGUCCAGAAGUCGUGGCGCUUAUUUCGAGUCGGCGUUUGCUUCGUCUGAACAUUUAGAUAGAGCUCCUUUGUUGUCUGAAGAGACAUACACGGAUGUGCCAGUAUCAUCGUCUGCAGAGGGCGAGGAGCAUUGUCACUGGAAGCCACAAGCUGAGCCGCGCAGCGCCGUGCCGCAACUACUCACGGCGCUUGUUCUCUGCGGCUUUUUUAUGGUAUGCGAGCUGAUCGGCGGUUACUUAGCUGGCAGUUUAUCAGUGAUGUCAGAUGCUGCGCACAUGCUUAGUGACUGUGGGGGAUUCGCUUUAGCGCUUCUCGCUUUCCACUGCGCUAAGAGACAGCCGGACGUUCGCAUGUCUUAUGGUUAUAAGCGGGCCGAGGUGCUGGGCGCGAUGGUGUCAGUUCUCCUGAUCUGGAUAUUGACGGGCGUGUUUGUAUACGUGGCCGCUGUACGGCUGCACUCGGGCGAGUACAAUAUAGAACCAGAUAUCAUGAUGGUGGUGUCCACGUGCGGUGUUGUGUUCAACGUGGUACUAGCGCUGGUGUUACACGGGUGUGCUUCUGACAUUGCGCACCAUCACACGCACGGCGGGGCGUCGUGUUCUCAUACUCACACACACUCUGAACCAUCGCGUCCAAUAUGGCGGCUGUUCAGAAGGAACAGGGAGCAGAAACAGCAGAGCUCGAACGGCGCUCUAGUCAACGGAGAUUAUGCUAUGAAAGAUCUGUCCAGUACCGAGGCUAGCGUAGUCGGCGCACAAACAAGGAAUAUAAAUCUUCGUGCAGCCCUGAUACACGUGAUCGGUGAUCUGAUACAGAGCUGCGGAGUGCUUCUCGCUUCCAUCGUCAUCAAGAUCUAUCCGGCGGCUAAGUUCGUGGACCCGUUGUGUACAUUCGUGUUCAGCGUGCUGGUGCUGAUGACGUCAGCGCGCGUCGUACGUGACGCGCUCGCUAUGCUCAUGCAGGCCGUGCCCAAUAACUUCAGGUAUCGUGACGUGGUCCGCGCUAUGGGCGCUAUAAGCGGCGUGCGUCACGUGCACUCGUUACACGCGUGGGCGCUCGCCACGCAUCACAUCGUGCUAACCGCGCACGUAGCCAUAGACGAGCUGACAGAACCGGAGUUAGUGUUGCGCGCGUGUCAGCAAGUGGCGCGCGAGUACGGCGCUCAGUCCGUCACUGUGCAGGUGGAGAGGUUCCAAGCGCGCAUGCUCGCCUGCGACGACUGUAGGCAGCCCGCUCACACGCCCUGA